AUGGAAGGGUUCAAAUUUUUGAAGAAUUUUCGACGUUUGGUACCAUUUUUAGCCAUAGUGUUGAUGAUUUUUAGCAUACAAGUAUCAGGGCAAAUUAGUACAGCAUGUAGUAGCGCGAUGCUAAGUAGCUUUAGCCCUUGUAUAAAUUUCAUGAGCAAUAAUGGUUCAGGUUCACCAACUUCAGCUUGUUGUCAAUCUCUUAAGGACCUUACAGCCAGUGGCAAAGAUUGCCUCUGCCUUAUUGUUACUGGAAAUGUUCCUUUUAAAAUACCAAACAGAAACGUCGCGAUUACCCUCCCCAAAGCUUGUAACAAAGAUAGUGUUCCCAUUGAAUGCAAAGGUUCUUCUACUCCUCUUCCAGCUCAAGGUCCAGCUGCCUUAUCACCAUCAGGAUCUCCACGAUUUCGGAAUCCUAGACCACCUCAAGCUCCUAGUCCUGACGGUGAUGAUGUUCCUGAACCAUUCAAUCCUCCUUUGGGACCAGGAGGUGAUACAACACCAGGCUUAACACCACCAUCACCAUCAGGCGGCGGAUUGGGAAAUCCUUACAAUGGAUUUUCACCGCCUUCUUUAACAGAUGACGGAUCUGGAAAUACUGAUACAGGUUCAGGAUUUAGGCCUAAUUUAACGCCUUCUUCUGCCCCGGAUUCACGGAGACUUUCAGUAUUUGUUGUUCUAGUAGCCUGUGGAGCAAUUGUAUUGAACUUAUACUGAAUUGAUUCUUAUAGUAUAUGAACAUUAUUUGGAGUGUGAUGAAUACAUUAGUGGAUAGGUUGUAAACAUUUUUUUGUUGUUUCAUUUUAAUCAAUUUGUACUGGCAUUAUAAUGAAUUUUUUUGGGAGUCCUGAAAU